AUGGACCGCAUUUCACUUCUUCCACCUGAAAUUCGCAGCAUGAUCGCCGAAGAGUGCGACUCAAGGACCCUACGCUCCCUUUCAUUAGUGUCAACAGCCUUUCGUGACCCAGCCCAGAGCGCGCUCUUCCGUUCGAUAGAUCGAUUGUUCGAGAGGCAGGCAGAUGUGAGAGCUCUAGGAAGGCCUGGAGCAAUUAACCGAUACAGAACUUCCUGGAUUCACCUACUCCUUCGUACGAUCUUUGAAUGCCCACGGUUCGCCAGCUACGUCAGACAUGUUCAUAUUUCAGUUGACGAAAGUUGGAUCCCCGUUCCAUUCUACGACAACAGAAAGGAGAACCUCAUCCAAAGCCCUAAAAGAGUUGUACCCCCUGAAUUCAAAGAGCUAGGUCUCAAGCGCAAGGACGAAAAGCCCUUCCUUCUAGAGAGUAAGACAUGGGACAAGACCUGGGUUGCGGCUCUCUCCCAAGGCAACGACGAAGCAAUGCUGGCCGUGGCUCUAUCUCAGUUUGACCUUCUUACAUGGAUAGAUAUAGCGCCAGAAUUGUUCUACUACUCCGAAUUCAUAGCUCCCAUGUUGGCCUGCCUGUCUUCACACAUUCCCGAGUUCAACCAUUUCCCUAUGCUUCAACAUGUGUCACUUUGCAGACGGGAAAAUCACCAUCACUCCGGAGAGUUAGGAUUGCGUUUUGGAAAAUUCUCAAUCAUGCGAUAUCAUAAUAUCAGGACACUCGAGUUGAGUGCUCACGACAGCCAUAUGAAAAUCAUGCGAAAGGAUCUUCUUAAUACACACCCGUACCUUACCACCCUCCGUCUCAAGUUCUGCGAUUUAACCAUCUCCACGGUCGGGGAUAUCCUGGACCAUACACCAGCCUUGAAGGUUUUCGAGUGCUGCUUGCUCCGUGAAUACUCGUCCUAUACUCGUCAGGCCUACAACCACCAGUCGAUGAAGCUUUCCGAGCUUGACUUUGGACAGUUGGCUGCAGACCUUGAGAAAGUCGCCAGUACCUUAGAGAAGCUUACCAUAGGCGUUGUCUGGAGUAGCGUGGGAUUUUAUGCGUACGAACAAGAGCCCAGUUGGUUCCGCGGCAUCCCAGUGUACUCGCUCAGACACUUGGAGCACGUCUCGCACCUACAGAUACCCGUGGAAAUAUUGAUGGGCUUGCGUCCGUGGACUGGUCCCUUGCUUUCCCAGACCCUCCCACCGAACGUAGAGUCCCUAGUUCUGGUAGAUACGCUUCCGUACCCUUACCGUGAGGAUUACUUAGAGAAUUACAGCGCAAUGCCCAUCAUGCACCAAUUAGAGGUCUACCUCGCAGAAGACCCUCCCCGGAAGCUGCGGAAAGUGACAGUGAACGUCUAUAUUAAACUGGAGUUCUGUUUCUUCCACAGCUGUGAGCAAGAAGUACGGAGAUAUAUUGACCUUGACGAAGUCCGAUUGCUAGGCGUGUCUCUGGGCAAUCGUGGUGUCAGCCUGGAGAUCUGCUUUCUCUGGACGGAAUAUGACGAGGCGACCCCCUUAUGGAAAGGCACCUGGGGCCCCGGCACGGAAAUUGAGCUCUCCGACCUCAGCCUUCAUUUUGCUCCUGUAAGCACACCUGAAGGGGAAACAGAAACAGAAUCGGAAGAAGAAGAUGAUGAUUAUGAAGAUAGUGGUGAAGAAGAAGAACAGAGUGACACCUGA